AUGCACUCGAUGAUUGUCUGCAAACACUUCCUUGGUGUCCAGUACUGCCUGCUCCUCUAUGGCGUCCUAUCUUGUCUGCACCACCCAGGUGUCCUGCUUCCAACCAGUCAUCUCAUCCGCACCUGGGACUACUCCUGUUACUCUGAUCACCUGGAUUCUCACCUUGUGGAUUCUUCCUCAUCUCUGAAGCUUAGGUCUCCUUCUCCAGUCUCCAGUUCCCACUGUUCGCCUAAUAAGACCUGCAAGAAAAAUAUAUACCCCUCCCUACUGAUUCCUCCUCCAGUCUCCAGCUCCCCUUGUGUUCUCCAUGACCCUUCUGGUCUGUCCAUAGACUACGACACGGAGCACCUGUACUGGAUCAGCUCAGGAAACAGCACAAUUAACCGCUGUAAGCUGGACGGAUCAGGACUGGAGGUGUUAGACACGGUCAAAGGCAAACUGAACAAAGCCUCUGCGCUGGCUAUAAUGGGGGAUAAGCUGUGGUGGGCGGAUCAGGGCACGGAUGAGAUCGGCACCUGUGAUAAGAGUGAUGGAGGAGACUGGAAGGUCUUGAGAAACAGCACGUCUCCCAUGAUGCAUAUGAAGAUCUACAAUGAGACCGUGCAGACAGGUUCAAACAUGUGCAGUAACAACAAUGGUGACUGCUCUCAGCUGUGUCUGCCCACGUCUCCCACCAGCCGCUCCUGCAUGUGCACCGCAGGAUACAGCCUGAGGACCGGACAGCAGUCCUGUGAGGGUGUGGGCUCUUUCCUGCUGUACUCUGUUCAUGAGGGCAUUAGAGGAAUCCCACUGGACCCCGCUGACAAAUCCGAUGCCCUUGUACCGGUUUCAGGAACAUCACUCGCCGUCGGGAUUGAUUUUCAUGCCGAUAAUGACACCAUCUAUUGGGUUGACAUGGGUUUGAGCACCAUCAGCAGAGCUAAGAGAGAUCAGACGUGGAGAGAGGACAUCAUCACUAACGGCAUCGGCCGUGUGGAGGGCAUCGCUGUCGACUGGAUCGCCGGAAACAUCUACUGGACGGACCAGGGCUUUGAUGUGAUUGAGGUUGCCAGAUUGAAUGGCUCGUUUCGAUAUGUGGUCAUCUCCCGAGGACUGGACAAACCUCGGGCCAUUGCUGUACAUCCUGAGAAAGGGUAUCUGUUCUGGACGGAGUGGGGACAGUAUCCACGCAUAGAAAGAUCUCGUCUGGAUGGAUCUAACAGAGCCGUGCUGGUGAACGUCAGUAUUAGCUGGCCCAACGGCAUCUCCAUUGACUAUCAGGAGGGUUGGCUGUACUGGUGUGACGCGCGCACGGAUAAGAUUGAGCGCAUUAAGCUGGAGACGGGCGAGAACAGAGAGGUGGUGCUUUCCAGCAACAACAUGGACAUGUUCUCCGUAUCUGUGUUUGAGAGCUACAUAUACUGGAGCGACCGGACUCAUGCGAAUGGUUCAAUAAAGCGUGGCAGUAAAGAUAAUGCAACCGAUUCAGUAAGUCUGAGGACAGGCAUCGGCGUCCAACUCAAAGACAUCAAGGUCUUCAACAGAGCGCGACAACAAGGAACUAAUAUCUGCAAGAACAACAACGGCGGCUGCCAGCAGCUGUGUCUUUACCGUGGUAACGGACAGCGAACGUGUGCAUGCGCUCACGGAAUGUUAGCCGAGGACGGUCAGAGUUGCCGUGACUACGACGGAUACCUGCUGUAUUCAGAACGCACGAUACUAAAGAGUGUGCACUUAUCAGACGGAUACAACCUCAACGCUCCCAUCAAACCGUUUGAAGAUCCCGACCACAUGAAGAACGUCAUCGCGCUAACGUUCGAUUACCGCGGAGGCGGUGGAAAAGGAGCCAAUCGGAUCUUCUACAGCGACAUCCACUUUGGAAAUAUUCAGCAGAUCAAUGACGACGGGUCAGACCGGAAGACCGUGGUCGAGAAUGUUGGGUCAGUGGAGGGGUUGGCGUAUCAUCGGGCCUGGGACACUUUAUUCUGGACCAGUUACACCACAUCCACCAUCACCCGUCACAGUGUGGACCAGAGCCGCUGGGGGGCUUUCGACCGGGACUCUGUGGUCACCAUGUCAGGAGACGACCACCCACGGGCGUUCGUCCUGGAUGAAUGUCAGAACUUGAUGUUUUGGACCAACUGGAAUGAGCAGUCGCCCAGUAUCAUGCGCGCCCAGCUGUCCGGAGCCAAUGUCCUGGUGAUCAUCGGCAGUGACAUCCGCACUCCCAAUGGACUCGCCAUCGACCAUCGUGCCGAGAAGCUCUAUUUCUCAGAUGCUACGCUUGAUAAGAUUGAGCGCUGCGAGUAUGACGGCUCCCACCGUUAUGUGGUUUUGAAGAAUGAGCCAGUGCAUCCUUUCGGUUUGGCUGUGUACGGUGACCACAUCUUCUGGACAGACUGGGUGCGCAGAGCCGUCCUCAGAGCCGACAAAUAUGUUGGUGGAGACAUGAAGGUGUUAAGAGCUGAUAUUCCACAACAGCCAAUGGGGAUCGUCGCUGUGGCCAAUGAUACAAAUAGCUGUGAGUUCUCGCCCUGUCGGGUGAAUAAUGGAGGCUGUCAGGAUCUGUGUCUGCUCACAUCAGACGGACGGGUCAACUGUAGCUGCCGCGGAGAGAGGAAACUGCUGGAGGACAACACCUGCAUAGCUCAGAACACGUCGUGCAGCAGUAUGGAUGACUUUGAGUGUGGGAAUGGAGACUGCAUCAAAUACACGCUCACCUGUGAUGGCAUGGCCCACUGCAAAGACAAGUCAGAUGAGAAGCAGUCCUACUGCACUAACCGCGUGUGUAAGAAGGGCUAUAAGCGCUGUGUGAAUGGACGCUGUGUCGGCCACAGUUCCUGGUGUAACGGGCGAGAUGAUUGUGGGGAUAACUCCGAUGAACUCUUCUGUAAUGCAACCCUGUGCACGGUGGAUCAGUUUCAGUGCAGAGACAAAUCAUGUGUGUCAAACUCCAGUCGCUGUAACCAGGUGCUGGACUGUGAGGAUGCCAGCGAUGAAAUGAACUGCUCGGCCUCCGAUUGUUCCAGUUAUUUCCGUCUGGGUGUGAAAGGCGGGACCUAUCAGAGGUGUGAGUUCACUACGCUGUGUUACGCUCCAUCAUGGGUCUGUGACGGUGCAAACGACUGUGGAGACUAUUCAGAUGAGAGAAACUGCCCAGAUAAGAAAAAGAGAAAGUGUCCAUCAAACUUCUUUUCUUGUCCCAAUGGUCGCUGUAUCCCAAUGAGCUGGACCUGCGACAAGGAGAACGACUGUGAGAACGGAGACGACGAGGCGAACUGCAAUAAGUUCUGCUCGGCGACACAGUUUGAGUGCGGGAAUCAUCGCUGUAUUUCCAGCAGCUGGGUGUGUGACGGGGCAGACGACUGUGGAGACGGAACAGAUGAGGACAGCAGAUGCAAGAAUAAGACGUGCAGUGCGGACGCGUUCCACUGUCCCGACUCACACAAGUGUGUCCCGCAGCGCUGGGUGUGUGACGGAGACAGAGACUGUCCAGACGGAGCCGACGAGAGCAUGAAGGCCGGCUGUGUGUUCAAUAACACGUGUAAAGCGGGAGAGUUCAUGUGCCAGAACAGACAGUGCAUCCCCAAACACUUCAUGUGUGACCACGACAACGACUGCGGCGACGGCUCCGACGAGUCUCUGGAGUGCGAGUAUCCUGCAUGCAAGGCCAAUGAGUUCCGCUGUGAUAACGGCCGCUGUCUGAUCCAGAAAUCCUGGGAGUGUGACGGAGAGUUCGACUGUCACGAUCACUCAGACGAAGCUCCUAAAAAUCCUCACUGCAACGGGCCUGAAAAGAAAUGUAAUGACACGGCGUAUGCAUGUGGGAACGGUAAAUGCAUCAGUGAGACGUUACUGUGCAAUCACGAUGAUGACUGUGGCGACGGUACAGAUGAGCUGAACUGCUUCAUUAAUGAAUGCCUGAACAGUAAACUGAGCGGCUGCUCUCAGCAGUGUGAGGACCUGAAGAUCGGAUUCAAGUGCAGAUGCCACGCUGGCUUUAGACUGAAGGAUGAUGGGAAGACGUGUGUAGAUGUGGACGAGUGCUCCACCACGUAUCCCUGCACACAGCACUGCAUCAACACACACGGCAGCUUCCGCUGUGUGUGUGUGGAUGGCUUCCAGCUCAGCCCCUCCGACCCCACCGUCUGCAAGUCCACCUCCGACGAGGAGCCAUUCCUCAUCUUUGCUAACCGGUAUUACCUGAGAAAGCUCAACUUGGACGGCUCAAACUACACACUUUUAAAGCAGGGUCUGAACAAUGCUGUUGCGUUGGACUUCGACUACAGGCAGCAGAUGAUCUAUUGGACGGAUGUGACGACUCAAGGCAGUAUGAUUCGACGCAUGCACAUCAACGGCAGCGAUGUUCAGGUUCUCCAUCGCACGUCUCUCAGCAACCCUGAUGGUCUGGCUGUUGAUUGGGUCGGGGGUAACCUGUAUUGGUGUGAUAAGGGGCGGGACACUAUUGAGGUGUCGAAGCUGAACGGAGCAUACAGGACGGUGCUGGUCAACUCGGGACUAAGGGAACCCAGAGCCAUAGCUGUGGACAUCCGCAAUGGGUACCUGUACUGGUCUGACUGGGGUGAUAAUCCUCAUAUCGGCCGCAUUGGGAUGGACGGCAGCAACAGAAGUGUGAUCAUACAGGACAAGAUAACAUGGCCCAACGGUCUCACUCUGGACUUCAUCAAUGAUCGCAUCUACUGGGCAGACGCCAGAGAGGACUACAUCGAGUUUGCCAGCUUAGACGGAUCCAACAGACAUACAGUUUUGACUCAGGACAUCCCGCACAUAUUCGCCAUGACUCUUUUUGAGGAGUACAUCUACUGGACCGACUGGGAGACCAAGUCUAUCAACAGAGCUCAUAAAACACUGGGCACCAACAAGACCAUGCUGAUCAGCACCUUACACAGACCCAUGGACGUCCACAUCUACCACCCCUGCAGACAGCCAGAGGUCACAAAUCACCCGUGCCAGACAGACAAUGGCGGCUGCAGUAACUUGUGUCUGCUCUCUCCGGGCGGAGGUUAUAAAUGUGCCUGUCCCACGAACUUCUACCUGGCCGCUGAUGGGAAGCAGUGCAUGUCCAACUGCACCGCCAGCCAGUUUGUCUGCAAGAACGACAAGUGUAUCCCGUUCUGGUGGAAGUGUGACACCGAGGACGACUGUGGCGACCGAUCCGACGAGCCUGCCGACUGCCCUGAGUUUAAAUGCAGACCAGGUCAGUUCCAGUGUGAUACUGGGAUCUGUACAAACCCAGCGUACAUCUGUGACGGAGACAACGACUGCCAGGAUAACUCUGACGAGGCCAACUGCGAUAUUCACGUGUGUUUGCCCAGUCAGUUUAAAUGCACCAAUCCCAGUCGCUGUAUUCCUGGAAUAUUCCGCUGUAACGGCCAAGACAACUGCGGGGAAGGAGAGGAUGAGAAAGACUGCCGUGAGUUUCAUUAUAAGACAAUAAGACAUAAAAAUGAGAAGACAAAAAAAAGCCUUUUGUGUUUUAAUAAUCUCACAAAGCCAUGCUGUGACUUUGAUUUUAAUGUGAUCAGUUGUAUCGCCACUCACACAUACAUACAUCACAGACCUUCUAUUGUUGUCCUCUGGAAGAUAGAAGAACUUCUGUUUAUUGGAAUCUCCUACGUCUCUGCGUUUCCUCGCUCCAGCACAGUAGGCUCGCAUGACAGUAAUGAGAGGACGUGUGAGCCAUAUCAGUUCCGCUGUAAAAACAAUCGCUGUGUUCCCGGCCGCUGGCAGUGUGACUAUGACAACGACUGCGGGGACAACUCGGACGAGGAUAAGUGUGUGCCCAGGCAGUGUUCUGAGAGCGAGUUUGCCUGCACCAGCGGCCGCUGUAUUGCUGGCAGAUGGAAGUGUGAUGGAGAUCACGACUGUGCUGACGGGUCUGAUGAGCACGGCUGUGAUGUGAAGUGUGAUAAUGACCAGUUUCAGUGUAAGAACGGUCACUGCAUCCCAUUCCGCUGGAGGUGUGACGCCGAUGCCGACUGCAUGGAUGGCAGCGAUGAGGAGAACUGCGACACUGGAGUGGGUCGAUUCUGCCCUCUGGAUGAGUUUCCCCCAUCUGACUCUGCUGGUGAAAUCGUCUGUAUUUUCACAUCAAGACUGCUGUGUUUUUAUUCUGUGUGUGUUUCAGAGAGAUUCCAGUGUCCUCCCACCAGACAGUUCCGCUGCCAUAAUGACCGAGUGUGUUUGCCAAUGUCUAAACAAUGUGACGAUGUUGACAACUGCGGAGACAACAGUGAUGAACUCAACUGCCAAACUCCUGCGCCUGCGGUCUGUGGAAAGGGUGAGUUUACCUGCAGCAAUGGAAAGUGUAUAAGCAUUAACCUACGCUGCAAUUUCUUCAAUGACUGUGAGGACUACGGCUCUGAUGAGAUCAACUGCAACAAGAAAAAUUCAGGUCUAAAUGAAUGCCGUAACAACCACAGUAUUUGUGAAGAUGAAGGUCACUGUGUGGUGAAUGGAACCGACUGGUUCUGCUCCUGCAAACCCGGCUUCCAGAAAACACACCCGCAAACCUGCACAGAUGUGAACGAGUGCAAGCAGUUCGGGAUCUGUUCUCACAUCUGUAACAACACUAAAGGCUCUCACAAAUGCAGCUGCUACAAGAACUUCAUCAAAGUGAACGACACCUGCAAGGCUGACAGCAGUGACAAACAGGCUCUGUACGUGGCAGAUGAUAAUGAAAUUCGCAGUUUGUAUCCUGGAAUGCAAACCUGGAUAUAUGAGCAGGCCUUCCAAGGAGACGCCAAUGUACGAAUCGAUGCCAUGGACCUGCACAUCAAAUCCAAACGGAUCUUCUGGACCAACUGGCACACGGGAAGAAUCUCAUCCUUCGAGCAGCCUUCUGCUGGACCCGCCUCGCCGAACUCAAACCGCAACCGAAGACAAGCCGAUUCCAGAGUUACUGAUCUAGAGAUCCCUGGCCUGAAGAUGCCUCGUGGGAUUGCUGUGGACUGGGUGGCCAACAACAUCUACUGGACGGACUCGGGUCGUGAUGUCGUCGAGGUGGCGCAGAUGAACGGACGGAAUCGUAAGACGCUCAUCUCGGGCAUGAUUGACGAGCCCUACGCCAUCGUGGUGGACCCACCGAGAGGCACCAUGUACUGGGCUGACUGGGGAAACCACCCUAAGAUUGAGACGGCUGCUAUGGAUGGCACUAUGAGAGAGACGCUGGUGCAUGAAAACAUUCAGUGGCCCACAGGUCUAGCUGUGGAUUACUUCAAUGAGCGUCUGUACUGGGCUGAUGCCAAACUCUCUGUUAUCGGGAGCGUCAGACUGAACGGAACAGAUCCGGUCAUAGCUGUCUCCAGUGUUAAAAACAAUUUGCACCAUCCUUUCAGUAUCGACAUCUUUGAGGAUUUCAUAUACGGUGUGACCUAUCACAACAACUUUGUCUUCCGCGUCAACAAGUUUGGCAAGAGUGCAGUGGAGCAUCUGACCACAGGAAUGAACCAUGCCACAGAUUUGGUCCUGUUCCACCCUUACAAACAGCCAGAGAUGGCCAACCCAUGUGACAGGAAGAAGUGUGAGUGGUUGUGUCUGCUCAGCCCCAGCGGCCCAGUCUGCAUGUGCCCCAACGGCAGAAUACUGGACAAUGGCACCUGCGUGGAGGUUCCUACCCCAACGCUGUCCCCUGUCUCUCCGAGUGGCCCCUGUAAUCUGCUGUGUCUAAAUGGUGGAACUUGUGUCCUGAAUGCCAGAAAACAACCCAAGUGUCGCUGUCAGCCCAACUAUGGAGGAGAGAGAUGUGAGCUAAACCAGUGCAGAGAGUACUGCCAGAACGGAGGAACGUGUACCGCAUCACCCACAGGAGCUCCGACUUGCCGUUGUCUGGCAGGCUUCACAGGACCCAACUGUAACCAGCGCACAUGCGAGAACUACUGUAAGAAUGGAGGAAACUGCACAGUUAAUCGUGGAAACCAGCCCACCUGCAGCUGCCCUGCAGACUUCCUGGGAGACCAGUGCCAAUAUCGGACAUGUGAUGGAUUCUGUGAUCAUGGAGGGACAUGUAUGCAGUCCAGCGAUGGGUCGAGACAAUGCAGCUGCCCUCCACGCUUCAUCGGCAACAACUGUGAAGUGGACAAGUGUCACUAUUGCCGUGAUGGAAAGUGUAUUCCCACCAACAUCUACCAGCCGCAUGGAGAUGUUACAUGCAGGUGUACCAGUGGCAGAAUCCAGCCAAGCUGUUAUACAUGUGAAGGAUACUGUGCUAACGGGCAGUGCUCUCUUAGUGCUACAAACCUCCCACAGUGCAAAUAUCAUCGCUGUGAGAAUCCUGCUCCCAAUGUAAAUGCUGAAUCCAGUGGCCGAACAGCUUCAAUAGUUAUUCCAUUGGUUUUACUGAUACUGCUGGUGUUGCUGAUUGGAGGAGCAGUAUUAUGGUACAGGAAAAGAAUGAGAGGAGCCAAAGGCUUUCAGCAUCAGAGAAUGACAAAUGGCGCUAUGAAUGUUGAGAUUGGAAACCCAGCCUAUAAAAUUUAUGAAGGAGAGCAAGAUGACGACGUUGGAGAAUUGUUGGAUGCUGACUUCACACUGGAUCCUGACAAGCCAACCAACUUCACGAAUCCUGUGUAUGCUACUCUGUACAUGGGAGCUCACAACAGCCGCAACUCCCUGGCCAGUACAGAUGAGAAGAAGGAGCUGCUAUCACGGGGCGACGAGGAGCCCCUGGUGGACCCCCUCGCUUAGACUGUCCAUCAGUUUGGUCCAUACACGGAAAAUACCAUUUGCCUUUUUGAGAAAAAGAGAAAAAGAAGAAAGAAAAUCAAUGAUUAAGUGUUAACACUGUAUACAAUGUACAAAAUGAAGGACUACUUUUGUAUGUGAUUGCAGUAUUAUAGUUUGUUCUUUUACAAUUCCUCUGGUCACAACAAAAACACCACAACAACAAAAGAUACUUUUUUUUAUUUUAACAAGAUGAUGCCGUUUUUUGUCGCAAUUUUUAGGUCACCUCCCCUCUACCUUAAUAGCCACUACCUCUGUGCAAUAUGGAGUCAAAGAAGGAAAAAAAGAGAGAUUGGAACAAUUACAUUUUUUUAUUUUUGUAUGAGAUAUAUAGAGAAAAAUGUUGUUCCAUCAGUAAUGCCAAUUGUUUGUUGUAUGUUUGACUGUGGCGAGGGAAACUUUGACAUGGAACCAGUGUUGUUUGCUUCAAAUUUACUACAAUAUCAAUCAGAUGUUAUCAAUUUUAUGUGCCAGUUUUACUACUCCCAUUGUAAGUUCUGAAUUAUUCAUAACGAUAAUCGAUUUCUUGUGCACAGAUCCAAACCAUCGCAAUAUUACAUAUGCUUAUUACAGAACAAUUUUUACACAACAAUUUGUUUUUAAGUGAGAAUGUCAGUGUUGUAGAUUUGGACAUUGACAGAAAUGUUUUCAUGAUCUUAAAAACCUUUUGAUCUAAAGGCUUCUGCUUAACUGCUUGAAAUUAGUUUUAUAGACAACAAUAAAUUGUGCCUAUGUAUGAAUCUCUUUACAAAACUAAAAAUGCUUUGUUCAAAAUAAAAUGAAACGUUGAGUUAGAAAGGAUAGUAAGAGAAACGCAGCCACCAGGAGUCCCUCAGUAUUGUUUGAAUUAAGAGUGAAGAAUAAAAAAUGAACAUAGUGUGCAGAGCUGGAAUCUAGACAACAUAACAGUUUUUUGGUCACUACAUAAUUCCCAUACUUCAGUUUGAUUUUAGAUUAAUAGUAAAGAAUGAGUAGGUGUGUCCCAACUUUUGACUGGUACUGUAUUUAUUUUCAGAUGAAUGAAGUAAAGCAUGGAUAAUUGAAAGUUAACAUUUUUGUAGAAAAUAAAGAGCUACUUACAAGGAAAUCCCAAAACAAUCAAAUGCAAAUUUGUGCAUUGGUUGUAGUGACACAUUUGAGCGCCUUUAAAGCUGCACAUACUCCUGAAGAGGGUUUUUGACAGAAGAAAGUGAAUUUUUACACUUGUUUAUAAUUGUUUCUUAAAUGUCACAGUUAAAAAUGAAAAACCGGUGUGUUCUAAUAUUGACACACUUUCAUAUUGUCUUUUGUAAUCUGCCUCUGAAAUAUACCAUACAUCAUGUUGCUUUUACUUUUAAAAUGUAUGCUUUUUUUCCUAAGUAAAUCCAUAUUGUCCUACUCAGCUUGUUGCUGACAUGCUGCUUUUGUCAGAAUCAUUAGCUGUUAUGUAAAACGAAAGAAAAAAAA